AUGGAACAGCCACAACAAAGGUUAACUCGUCAGACAAAAGAAAAUUUAUCAUCAACAUCAUCAUCUUCUCGUGUUCUUGAUGCAUCAACUCGUGCACGUCGUACACAAAAAUUUCUUGAAUCACUUGAACAAGAUAAUUUUCAUGAUGAUCCAACAGAACCAUCAUCAUCAUUCGAUUCAACAUUAACUCAAGAACAAAUAGCCAAAAGUCUUAGUAAUACAUCUGCAUUUGGUUAUAGUCGUCAUUCAAAAGGAUUAAUUCUUGAAUCUGAUGAACCAAUUACCACAACACCGAAUUCAUCGAAUAAACGUCGUAAAAUACAAUUUAAAUAUGAUGUAUUUAAAACACGUUUUCGUAAAAAUUUACAAACAUUAUUAGAUGAAGAAUUAGGUUCUAAUGGUGAAAAAUCGACUGAAGAAAAAAAUUAUUUUACUAUUGUAGCUAAACCAUCAAAAUAUCCAUCUUUAAAAAUUUGUUCUGUAUGUGGUUUUUUAUCUCAAUAUACAUGUCAAAUAUGUGGAAGUCUUUAUUGUUCAUUAAAAUGUCUUGAUAUACAUAAAGAUACACGAUAUAUAAUGACACAUACAAUUCUUCUUCUUCAAUCAACAAGUAAACUUGAUUCACGUACUUAUUCUGAUUAUGAAUCUGUCGAUGAAUGUCUUGAUGGAAUAUGUAAAGUAUUUGAAGAACAUUUAAAAAAACGUAAUCCAACAUCACCAUCUAUAACAUAUGAUAUAUCUGAAUUAUUUGAAUUUAUUGAUGAAAUAUCGGAUUUAAGUUGUUUAGUUUUUCAAAAACAAACAGGACAAUAUAAACCACAUAAUAAAGAAUGGAUUAAACAAGAAAUAUUUCAAUUAUUACGUAAACAAGCUGCUGGAAAAUAA